AAUACAAUAUAACUCUGUAAUUAUAAUGCAUAUGUUUAUAUAUGAAACUGUUUAUUACUAUGUACAAAUUAUUUUUCGCAGUAAGUUAAACAGGAAAAAAAUUUAACCAAAAAUAAAAAUUAAAAAAAAAGUUAACCAGAGAUGAGUUUAUACCAUAUUAUAAACCUAUAAAUACUACAUACACAGUCUCCAACGGAAGAGACAGCCACAUCAUAUCAGCAUAUUUCAUUCAUAAGAUUUAGCAUAGUACGUUUAACGCUCACCCCAGGAACAAAGAAUAAGUAAAUCUAUUGCAAACAUGAAGAUAAAAACCAUCAGUAGAUCAUCAGAUCAAUAUGUUCCCGUUAGAAACACUCAAGAAUCAUCAUUACCACGUAAUUUAAAUCCUGCCUUACAUCCCUUUGAAAGAGCCAGAGAAUAUACCAAAGCUUUAACAGCAACCAAGUUGGAAAGAAUGUUUGCUCAACCUUUUGUAGGUCAAUUAGGUGAUGGUCAUCGUGAUGGGGUUUAUUGUAUUGCAAAGAAUUUCAAUACUACUAAUCAAGUUGCUAGUGGUUCAGGAGAUGGGAUAAUAAAAUACUGGAAUAUGACUAGUAGAGAUGAAAGUGUUACAUUCAAAGCCCAUUAUGGUAUGGUUACUGGGUUAGUGGUGACUCCAACUCAAUCAAGAAUGUUAAGUUGUGGAGAUGAUAAAUAUAUUAAAUUAUGGUCUGUGAAUCAUGAAGAAUUCGAUCAUACUUUUGGUGAAGAUGAAGUUUAUAAUAAUAAGAAUAAAGGGUUAGUUAAAACCUUUUUAGGAGAACAUGCAUUUAAAGGCAUUGAUCAUCAUCAUCAAGAUGAUGUGUUUGUUACUGGGGGAUUAUCCAUUCAAUUAUGGGAUAUUAAUAGAUCAAAGCAUAUUAGUGACUUAAGUUGGGGUGCUGAUAAUAUUAAUACUGUUAAAUUCAAUAAGACUGAAACUAAUAUAAUUGCUUCAUCAGGUUCAGAUAAUUCUAUUGUAUUGUAUGAUAUUAGAACCAAUACCGCCAUUCAAAAAGUUGUUACCAGUUUAAGAACCAAUUGUUUAAGUUGGAAUCCAAUGGAAGCAUUUAAUUUCGUUAGUGGUAGUGAUGAUCAUAAUGCUUAUUUAUGGGAUAUGAGAAAUUUAAAUAAAUCGAUUAAUGUAUAUAAAGAUCAUGUGGCUGGUAUAAUGGAUGUUGAUUUCUCUCCUACUGGCGAAGAAUUAGUUACUGGUUCAUAUGAUAAAACCAUUAGAAUCUUCAGAACUAGAGAAGGUCAUUCAAGAGAUAUCUAUCAUACCAAGAGAAUGCAAAGAAUCUUCUGUGUCAAAUAUACUACUGAUGCAAGAUAUAUCUUAAGUGGUUCAGAUGAUACUAAUAUCAGAAUUUGGAGAGCAAAUUCGUCAGAAAGAGCAAGUAUUAAAUCUACAAGACAAAGAAAUAAGAUGGAAUAUGAUAACGCCUUAAAGGAAAGAUUUAAACAUAUGCCUGAAAUUAAAAGAAUAUCUAAACAUAGACAUGUUCCAAAGGUUAUUAAGAAGGCUGAAGAAAUCAAGAGAAUUGAAAUUAAUAGUUUAAAGAAAAGACAAGAAAAUGAUAGAAAACAUAGUAAACAAGGUAGUAAGCCUUACGUACCAGAAAGACAAAAACAUAUUAGAGGUACAGCUAUUAAGGAAGAUAAUUAGAUACUUUUUUUUAUUUUUAAAUAGAUUAAAUUUAAUUUACGGUGAAUUAUAUUUUAGU